UCCUGGAAGGAUGGAAUUUCAGAGUUCCCUGGGCAUUGAGAACCUUAGUCCUCAUCAUAAUGGGCUGAAAUUCCACAGACAAAUCUCAGCCCGAGCAGGCAACUGCACAGGAAGGGUGAGAGGCACACAGAACCCCCUCAAGGGAGGGCCUUUGGGCCACCAUGAAGAUACACAGUGAAGCAGCGGUGGAGGCACAGAUACAGGAGCUCAGAACCAUCACUCGGCUCCAGGAACAAUGCCGGGGGCUCCAGAUCCAGGGUGUGAAGGAAAAGACAGCACAGAACAAAGCUACCAUGGGCCUCCUGCGCAGCAACCUCCGUCGAGGGGCCCACGAAUGGGCUUUGGCUAAGAAGCAUGAUCAAUGGACCACCUCCAAGGCCUGCGGGAAGGAUACGUCCCUGAGGCUGGCACACUGCCGCAGUACUAUGGAGGUAGCUCGGGAGAAGCUGCGCAAGUAUGUCUUCGACCGCGUUAAUACACACAACGUACUGAUCCACCUGGUUCGGAGACGCGGACAGAAGCUGGAGGGCUUGGAACUGGAGCUGACCAGCUUGCGAAACAAGCCUGAAGCUACUAAGGAGGAACAGCGGCAGCUUCAGAUUAUCCGCCAACUGGAGAACAACAUUGAAAAGACCAUGAUCAAGAUCACCACCAGCCAGAACAUCCACGCGCUGUACAAACAGCUGCUGGAUUACCUGAAGAAGGUGCUGGCAGAGUACCCCACAGAGCUAGACAAGCUCCAGAACCUGGUGGCCAACUACCGCUCAGAGCUAUCAGAUAUGACAGUCAUGUCCCAAGAUGCCAUGAUGAUUACUGAUGAGGUCAAGAGGAACAUGAGGCAAGGGGAGGCAACCUUUAUCGAGGAGCGAAGAGCACGGGAGAACCGACUGAACCAGCAAAAGAAGCUUAUUGACAAGAUCCACACCAAGGAGACAAGCGAGAAGUACCGCCGUGGCCGGAGGGACUUGGAUUUCCCCUCCAAUCUAAUGAGUAUGGAAAGCAUGAAGGUGAAGAAAAGAGAAUCUUCCGUAGCAGAUAUACAAUACCAGACAAAAGUGACUACUUUGGUAGAGAAGGUCAAAUCCGCUGUACAGUGCUCCCACCUCUGGGACAUAGCUGGCCGCUUCCUGGCUCAGAAGACUACAGAGGAGAACCUAGUGCUGCAGAUGGAGGAUUGUGAGGAGCGGCGGACACAGUUAGAGGCCCUGAUGAAGAAGCUAGAACUUGAGGAGGCUGUGCUCAAGUUCCACCAGACACCCAGCUCUGUUGGCUUUAGUUCUCUCCAGAAGAAGAUGAAGAACAUGCUAGAGGAGGAAGAAGCAAGGCUCCGGCAGGUCCAGAACAACAUGUACAAGAGCCAGCAGCUGCUGCUGGUCAUCCAGACAGGUAUUGACAACCUCUACAUCCGGCUUAUCGGCAUCGCCCCGCAAGCCUUCCAGAAAGAAAUCGCGGUAUCUGACACUCUUGAUGUGUAUGGCAAACUGGAUUAUUGUGAGGGCAAGCUCAUAUACCUGGCUGAGCGCACGCAAGCGCUGUCCAGAAAUGAGGAGGUUGACACAAAAGUGAGGGAUUCCUUGGAGUCAUCAACUCUAAAGGAGAAACAUAAUACCAGAAUUACCUUUGAGGACCAAGAGGAGGACAUGAUAGAAACCUUCCAGUUUGCGGAUGUGGACCAUAGCUACGUCCCUUCGCGGGCGGAGAUAAAGAAACAGGGCCAGCGGCUGAUCGAGGGGAAGCUCAAGGGAGCCAAAAAGAAGAAAAAGUAAACCUGUUCGGGCUGUAGUACAGAAAUAAACAUUUUUCCAGAACUACA